UCCGGAUGUUGUAAAGUUGGCGCGACUCUCCUGCUAGAGAAGUGUGUUGUGUGUUUUGUAUCUGGCAGAAAACCGAAAGUUAUCCAUAAGUAUUUACGCGUGUAAGUUUGAAGAUUAUGUGACAGUGCAUGUGCAUUGAACGCACUGGAGCAAUGUGGAGGCUACAGUCUGCAGGAUCGGUCACAGGCCCAAUCUCUUUGUUCGCUGGUAAGGAGUAUGUAGUGGGCCGUAAGAACUGUGACAUCCUUUUAUCCAACGACCAGUCAAUCAGCCGUGUGCAUGCUCACAUCACUGUCACCGAGCAGGCUGUCACGGUGAAGGACAGCUCCAAGUAUGGCACUUUUGUCAAUGAAAAUCGCCUUGAGACCGACUCCACCACGACUGUCUACGCUGGAGAUAAAAUCACAUUCGGGGUUUUUCAGAGCAAGUUUAGGCUGGAACUGGAUUCUGUAGUUGUUUGUUCAUCAUGUGUUGAUAAUGAAGGGAAAGCAAGUCUCUCCAGAGAGCUCCAGGCUCUCGGGGGCCGCCUGGUCAACAUGUGGACUCAGGAGUGCACUCACCUAGUCAUGCCUACUGUUAAAGUCACCAUUAAGACCAUCUGUGCGCUCCUGUGCUGUCGGCCCAUAGUGAAACCUGGGUUCUUCACUGAGCUCUCCAGAGCUGUUCAGCAGAGGGAAAACCUUCCUACAGUGCAGAGCUUCAGGCCUGAGAUCGAUGAGCCGAGUCUCAAAAAAGAGAAGGUGGACCUGGAACCCCGUCACGAGAGAAAGACUUUGUUUGCAGGCAAAACCUUUGUCUUCCUGAAUGCCAAACAGAUGAAACGUUUAAGCCAGGCCAUCGGUUUUGGAGGUGGAAAAAGCCAGCUUUUGGAGGAGGGAUCUCUGCCAGUGUCACUUCUAGAGUCCACAGCAACUUGUGUUGUUGAUGUGAUAAUGGGAUCCUCCCAACCGCUCAUGAAUUCUACAGCCAAGAAGUGGGCGGAGUCUGUCAGCUUGAUUCUACAUAGGAAAGGUUUACGUUUCAUUGCUGAGUCAGAGAUUGGAUUGGCUGCCAUUUAUGUCAAUAAGCAGACAUACUGCAAUCCCUGCUCCCCUUUGGAUUCAGAAUCUAGUAAAAUGAGGCCAGCGAUGCCUGAAUCCAUGCUUUCCCAGAAUGCAGCUGUGGACGAGACUACGCUUCAUGGAGCAUCCCUAAAUAUCACUGCUUAUGUGGUUAAUACAGAGCCAUCUCAGGGUAUCAGCAGGAAGGAAGUGUCCAUGUAUGGGGCCACGGCUGUAGGUGAGACUCCAGAAAAGCGCCCUGUGUAUCCACUGGGUCCAACAACAUCUAAGAAAGCACCAACGGCGACAGAGCCUACAGCUGCCUUCUCUGAGCCUGUGUCAUCAUUCAGCAGGGUACAAAAUGAACCGAAAGCCAAAUCGGAGAGCCAGAAGAGUGAUAAAUGUGCUAAAUACACUAGCUCUUUGAACAACAGUGCCACAGUCAAAAAAUCCCCUCAGAAACAAGCGUCACUCAACGCCUACUUCAAGCCAGCCAAUAAAAAGAGGCUGCGUGAAGGCAGCAGCGAGUCUGAACACUCGGACGCCAAACUCUCCAGGCGAGAGGAUGAGGGAAGAAAGGAGAUGGUGAACUCUGAGCUGGUUCCUUCUCUACAAAAAUCGUCCGUCACCAAAUUAAGCUCACAAACAGCCCAAAACAAACAAGACCCAAACCCACGCUUAGGUUUAGGUCUUGGGACAGAUUCCAGGUCAGUAAGCAGGCGACAAAAUCUGAGCCUGAAUUCAGAUUUAACUACUAAAAAGAGGAAAGAGCCGGAACAGGACCCUGUAGCGACUGCUGAUUUAGACGUUUCUCUGGAAGAGCUCGAAUCCAUCAUGUCUGAGGAUAUGGACGAACCUCAGCAGCCCACAGCCCAAAAGAAGCAGUGUUUGAAUGAAGGGGAAAGAAGCACAGCUAUUGUAAGACAGGACUCUAAUGCUACAGGCAGACAGCAGCAGAGAGCACCGAAACAGCAAAGCAUAGUUAGUACAAGCCCGAACUCUGAACAGGACAUGGAGAGUUCAGCGAAUCAAGACCGGGGGAGGAAGUCACACCACAGUUUAACUCUCAGAAAUGAUAGAUGUGAAUCUGCACAUGUCAAAGAAGAAGAAGUUUCUUUUCUUUUGGAAACCAAGAUCCAGAGCGGCUUCACCAAACCCAAUGAGGAGGUUGCAGUAAAGGAAGAAAUCACGGCCUCGAGCUCAGGCUCUGGUCCUCAGAAAAAUCCUGAUCUUCCUAGUAGGCUUUUGCAAGUCCAAUUUAAGUCCCUGACUGUGAGCGUCCCCAGCAGGACGAGAAGCGAGCCACUGCAGUACCGCAACGCCAAUGGAAUGAAUUUCAAGCGCUUUCGUAAGAUCCCAGUUCCUGGACUUCAUGGGUUACCCAAAAUUAUCGGUGGCUCCGAUCUGAUGCCUCACAACCGCACCAAAAACUCUGAACUUGAGGAGUGGCUGAGGGAUGCGGCUGAGCAAGAGAAACAGCAGGAACGAGAGGAGUCUCUGGGCGAUGAUCUGUUCAGGUACAAUCCAAAGACUACCAAAAGACGAUGAAGAUAGUUUUCAGACAGUUUUCCUCACAGAUCUCACAAACUGUGCGUAAUAAAUAGCACCUAUUGAAAAGCAGAUUCUUUCCAAGACCAACGAUUGUUACGUGCUAUUGAUAAAAUAGCAUUUCUGACCGAUAAAUCCCCACACACACACACACCUUUUUUUUGACAGACACUUUAUCAAACACUACAAAUCCAGCGUGUUGAAUCCUUGCUGGCGAAAACCUGCCUGACAAAAUGAAAGUUUCGUUUUAAGCAUUUCUGUAAUCGAAUGGAAAGCUUCGAAGACCUAAAGAAAUGCAGGUAAUUGGAUCAAGUUGAUCAAGUUUUGUAAUGUACAUAAAGACAAACAAAUCGAACAAACAACAAAAUAUUUGAAACAUUUUAUUUGCCCCUAAUAAAAUUACCUUUACAAAACAGG